AUGAAACUUUUUGCUUUGUUUACCGUUGCUCUUGCCCAGGAAGGUGCUCCGGGCGAUGGAUCCCGAGCUAUGUCUCUCGAUAAGAAGAUCAGCAACGCUAAAGUCAAGUGUAACUACUACAUGGAGAAGGCUCUCGUUUGCAACCCACCAAGCUCGAAGAUCUCCAAGUACAAUCAUCGAAUCGAGAAGGUCCUCCUCGAUGCCAAGUUCCACCUUGAGAGUGGAAAAUGCGACAAGAAUGCACCAGUACCAGGCCCUUAUUCACGAAAACGACGACAGGCCGGAGACGACCUUUUCUCCGCGGAUGAAGAGUUCACUGCUCUCGAGCAAGAGAUUGAACAAUUCGGCGGAAAGGGAAAAUACGGAUCCAUGGCCAACCCAGAUCAACUCGAGAGACUCAAGGGUGUCUGCGAAAAGUUCGCUAACGCUUCUUUGGCUGACGAUUCUCUCGCUGAUUGCCCUAAACUCGGAGCCUGGCAGAAACGAAUGGCUCACUUGCUCCUUGAUUUGGACAGAAUGGAGGCUGUUUGUGUGAAACAAGAGAGUGCCGCAACUGGCGGUGGAAGCUACCCUACUCAGCCACCAACCACUGAGGAUCCAUAUGCCAUGGAGACAACCACUGCUCUCUAUACUGAUGGCUACCCAACCACUACAAGCUACUACCCGACAACAACCACCACUACCACCACCAAGUACGUGGGCAACAAAAAUAAGAACAAGAAAAACAAAAAGAAGAACUAA